GAAGAAGGAGCGGAGCUGCCUUUGUUGUGCCUCCUUCCCUUUAAAAUACACAAAGGGAGUGGAAGGGCCCUGCAGCACCAGGAAGGGGACCAUGGACCCCUGGGAGGACACAGAGAUGGAGCAGAUGGUGUUCUUCAAGGGGGAGGAGGAGGAGGAGAACUAUGAGCCUUCAGCCAUGCAUAGAACCCCAAGUGACCCCGAGCUGGACGCCCCAGGCACCGGCGACCCCGAGAUCGUCGAGCUGGACACCAGCGCCCUGCUGGGUCACCAGGUGGAGGCUUCUCCCUGCCAGCGCAGCCCCGGCCACGAGACCCUGCGCUGGACGGUGGUGCAGCAAAUCGACUCCCCGGCCGCUCCCGCCGGGCGCCGCGCCGGCAAAGGCCCUCCAGGAGGCGCUGCGGGCACCGCGGGCGGCGUCUUCUCCAACUUCAAGAGCAUCAUCGUCCUCCAGAAGAGCUACGAGUGCGGGGACUGCGGCAAGAGCUUCAGCUGCAGCUCUCACUUCAGCAAGCACCGGAGGACUCACACCGGGGAGAAGCCUUUCGUCUGCCACCACUGCGGCAAGAGCUUCAACGUCAGCUCGAACCUUUACCGCCACCAGCGCGCCCACCAGCAGCGUUCGGCGGCUCCGCCGCCACCACCGCCAUCCUCCUCCUCCUCCUCCUCCUCCUCCUCCCCUCGUGGCUUCCCUUACCGCUGCCAGGAGUGCGGCCAAACCUUCCGCCGCAACAAGGAGCUGGUGACCCACCAGCGGCUGCACACCGGCCGCCUGCCCUUCCAGUGCUCCCACUGCGGGAAGAGCUUCAGCUGGAGCUCGCACUUCGACCGCCACCAGCGCGUCCACACCGGGGAGAAGCCCUACGAGUGCCCCGAGUGCGGCAAGGCCUUCAGCAGGAGCUCUCACCUCUACCGGCACCAGCGGAGCCACGCUGGCAGCCGCUCCUACAUCUGCACCUACUGCGGCAGGAGCUUCGGCAGCACCCUGCACUUCAACCGCCACCAGAGGACCCACAGCGGGCAGCGGCCCUUCAAGUGCACCCUGUGCAGGAAGAGCUUCGGGGACGGACCGGCGCUGGUCAAGCACCAGUGGCUGCACCUCGGGGAUGGACCUUUCCGGUGCGAGGAGUGUGGCAAAGCCUUCGGCGCCCGCGCUCAGUACCUCAGGCACAGGAGGAGCCUCCACGGUGCUGCCGGUGCUGGUGGUGGUGCUGGUGGUGGUGGUGGAGGCGGCGUGGAGAAGCCCUACCGGUGCGGUGACUGCGGGAAGAGCUUCUCCUGGAGCUCCCACUGGGAGCGGCACCAACGGAUCCACACCGGAGAGCGUCCCUACCAGUGCGGGGACUGCGGGAAGCGCUUCGGGAGGACCUCUCACCUCUACCGACACCAAAGGACCCACGCCGGAGGCCAGCCCCACGUCUGCCCCGACUGCGGCAAGAGCUUCAACAGCACCCUGCACUUCCACAAGCACCGGCGCAGCCACGCCGGCCCCCGGCACCCCUGCGCCGACUGCGGCAAAGCCUUCGCCGACAGCUCGGCCCUGGCCAAGCACAGGAGGAGCCACGCAGCGGGGGAGAAGCCCUUCGUGUGUCCCAACUGCGGCAAAGCCUUCAGCCGCGGCUCCAACCUGGCGCAGCAUCGUCGCAUCCAUACCGGGGAGCGGCCUCACCGCUGCAGCGACUGCGGCAAAGGCUUCAUCCAGCGCUCCGACCUGGAGCGCCACCGCCGGGUCCACACCGGGGAGCGGCCCUACCCCUGCGGCGCCUGCGGCAAACGCUUCAGCGUCAGCUCCCACCUCGACCGCCACCGCCGCGUCCACGCCGGCGGCCCGGGCCCCCCUCCCAGCCGACCCCCUCCUCCUCCUCCUCGCCAUCGCCAACCCCCCGGCGAGGCUCCUCCGCCUCCCCACCGCUGCCCUCAGUGCGGUAAGAGCUUCGCCCAGCGCUCGGCUCUGGUGAAGCACCUCAAGACCCACAGCGGGGAGCGGCCUCACCGCUGCGGGGACUGCGGGAAGAGCUUCAGCCGCGGCUCUAACCUAACCCAGCAUCGUCGCAUCCACACCGGGGAGAGGCCUUUCGCCUGCGGGGACUGCGGCAAAGGCUUCAUCCAGAGGUCGGACCUGGAGCGUCACCAACGCGUCCACACCGGUGAGAGGCCUUACACCUGCGCCGAGUGCGGGAAGAGCUUCAGCGUCAGCUCCCACCUUGACCGGCACCAGAAGAUCCACCUGGCAGAGAGGAAACCCUACAAGUGUGGGGAGUGUGGGAAGGGUUUUGGUCAACGUUCAGCCUUGGUUAAGCACCGGAGGAUCCACACCGGGGAGAAGCCCUACUCCUGCGGCGACUGCGGGAAGAGCUUCAUCCAGAAGUCCGACCUGACCAUCCACCGCCGGAUGCACACCGGGGAGAAGCCCUACAGGUGCCCCGAGUGCGGCAAGCGCUUCAGCGUCUCCUCCAACCUCAUCACUCACCAACGGACCCACCUGGGGGAGAAGCCCUACCAGUGCCCCGAGUGCGGCAAGAGCUUCAUCCAGCGCUCGGAGCUCACCAUCCACCACCGCGUCCACACCGGGGAGAAGCCCUACAAGUGCCCCCAGUGCGGCAAAUGCUUCAGCCGCAGCUCACACCUCAACCGCCACCAACGGACCCACGCCGGGGACAAGCCCUUCAUCUGUGGUGACUGUGGCAAGAGCUUCAAAACCAGCUCCACCCUCACCAUCCACCGCCGUAUCCACACCGGAGAGAAGCUGUUCCCCUGUGCAGAGUGUGGCAAGAGCUUCACCACAAGCUCCAAAUUCAUCUACCACCAACUCAUUCACAGUGGUGAGAAGCCAUAUGUCUGUGCUGACUGCGGCAAGACUUUCAACUACAGCUCCGCCCUGAAUACUCACCGUCGUAUCCACACUGGAGAGAAGCCCUUCACCUGUGCAGAGUGUGGCAAGAGCUUCACCUUGAGGUCAACAUUUAUCCAACACCAAGUCAUCCACAGCAGUGAGAAGCUGUACAGCUGUGCUGACUGCAGCAAGACCUUCAACCGCAGCUCCCACCUGAACAGUCAUCGCCGUAUCCACACUGGAGAGAAGCCCUUCACCUGUGCUGACUGUGGUAAGAGCUUCAGAUUCAACUCUUCUUUGAUCUGUCACCGCCUCAUGCACAUUGGUGAGCCGCCGUACAGCUGCGCUGACUGUGGCAAGACCUUCAGCUACAGGUCUGACCUGAACAUUCAUCGCCGUAUCCACACUGGAGAGAAGCUGUUCUCCUGUGCCGACUGUGGCAAGAGGUUCACCAAGAGCACCAACCUGAGCAUUCAUCGUCUUGUCCACACUGGUGAGAGGCUGUUCCACUGCGCCAAUUGUGGCAAGAGCUUCAAGCACAGCUCCACCCUUGCCAUUCACCGCCGUAUCCACACUGGAGAGAAGCUGUUCCCCUGUGCAGAGUGCGGGAAGAGCUUCACAACAAGCUCGCAAUUCAUCCGGCACCAACUCAUCCACAGCAGUGAGAAGCCAUAUGGCUGUGCCGACUGCGGCAAGAGUUUCAACUGCAGCUCCGCUCUGAGUAUUCACCGACGCAUCCACAGUGGUGAGAAGCCCUUCACCUGUGCCGACUGCGGCAAGAGUUUCAACCGCCGCUCCAACCUGAACACUCACCGCCGUAUCCACACUGGAGAGAAGCCCUUCACCUGUGCUGACUGUGGCAAGAGUUUCAAAUUCAGCUCCAACCUGAACACUCACCGCCGUAUCCACACUGGAGAGAAGCCCUUCACCUGUGCUGACUGUGGCAAGAGUUUCAACCGCAGAUGCAAGCUGAACAUUCACGGCCGCAUCCACACUGGAGAGAAGGCCUUCACCUGUGCUGACUGCGGCAAGAGUUUCAUCUGCAGCUUCCACCUGAACACUCACCGCUGUAUCCACACUGGAGAGAAGUCCUUCACCUGUGCUGACUGCGGCAAAAGUUUCAACUGCAGGUACAAGCUGAAUAUUCACUGCCGUAUCCACACUGGAGAAAAGCCCUUCACCUGUGCUGACUGCGGCAAGAGUUUCAACCGCAGCUUCCAUCUGAACACUCACUGCCGUAUCCACACUGGAGAGAAGCCCUUCACCUGCACUGAUUGUGGCAAGAGGUUCAUCUGCAGAUCUACUCUCAUGCGUCACUGCCGCACCCAUACUGGUGAGAAGCCGUACAGCUGUGCCGACUGUGGGAAGCGUUUCAACCGCAGCUCCACUCUGAAUAUUCACCGCCGUAUCCACACUGGAGAGAAGCCCUUCACCUGUGCUGACUGUGGCAAGAGUUUCAACUCCAGCUACAAGCUGAAUAUUCACUGCCGCAUCCACACUGGAGAGAAGCCCUUCACCUGUGCAGAGUGCGGCAAGAGCUUCACCACAAGCGCCAAAUUGAUCCAGCACCAACUCAUCCACAGUGGUGAGAAGCCAUAUGGCUGUGCUGACUGCGGCAAGAGUUUCCUCACACGCUCCAACCUGGCCGUGCACCACCGCACCCACACUGGUGAGAAGCCCUACACCUGCCAUGACUGCGGCAAGAGAUUCACCCAGAACUCCACCCUCACCAUCCACCGCCGUAUCCACACCGGAGAGAAGCUGUUCCCCUGUGCAGAGUGUGGCAAGAGCUUCACCACAAGCUCCAAAUUCAUCUACCACCAACUCAUUCACAGUGGUGAGAAGCCAUAUGUCUGUGCUGACUGCGGCAAGACUUUCAACUACAGCUCCGCCCUGAAUACUCACCGUCGUAUCCACACUGGAGAGAAGCCCUUCACCUGUGCAGAGUGUGGCAAGAGCUUCACCUUGAGGUCAACAUUUAUCCAACACCAAGUCAUCCACAGCAGUGAGAAGCCGUACAGCUGUGCUGACUGUGGCAAGACCUUCAACCGCAGCACCCACCUGAACAGUCAUCGCCGUAUCCACACUGGAGAGAAGCCCUUCACCUGUGCUGACUGUGGCAAGACCUUCAACCACAGCUCCCACCUGAACAGUCAUCGCCGUAUCCACACUGGAGAGAAGCCCUUCACCUGUGCUGACUGCGGUAAGAGCUUCAGCUUCAACUCUUCUUUGAUUUGUCACCGCCUCAUCCACAUUGGUGAGCCGCCGUACAGAUGCACCGACUGUGGGAAGACCUUUAGCUACAAGUCUGACCUGAACAUUCAUCGCCGUAUCCACACUGGAGAGAAGCUGUUCUCCUGUGCCGACUGUGGCAAGAGGUUCACCAAGAGCACCAACCUGAGCAUUCAUCGCCUUGUCCACACUGGUGAGAGGCUGUUCCACUGCGCCACCUGUGGCAAGAGCUUCAAGCACAGCUCCACCCUUGCCAUUCACCGCCGUAUCCACACUGGAGAGAAGCUGUUCCCCUGUGCAGAGUGCGGCAAGAGGUUCACCACAAGCUCGCAAUUCAUCCAGCACCAACUCAUCCACAGCAGAGAGAAGCCGUACAGCUGUGCCGACUGCGGAAAGAGGUUCAACCGCAGCUCCAACCUGAACAUUCACCGCCGUAUCCACACUGGUGAGAAGCCCUUCAUCUGUGCUGACUGUGGCAAGAGUUUCAAAUUCAGGUCCAACCUGAACAUUCACCGCCGUAUCCACACUCGUGAGAAGCCCUUCACCUGUGCUGACUGUGGGAAGACCUUCCAAAGCAGCUUCGACCUGAACACUCACCACCAUAUCCACACUGGAGAGAAGCCCUUCACCUGUGCUGACUGCGGCAAGAGUUUCAACCGCAGCUGCAAGCUGAACAUUCACCGCCGCAUCCACACAGGAGAGAAGGCCUUCGCCUGUGAUGAAUGUGGCAAGAGUUUCAAAUGCAGCUUCCACCUGAACACUCACCGCCGUAUCCACACUGGAGAGAAGCCCUUCACCUGUGCUGAUUGUGGCAAGAGGUUCAUCUGCAGAUCCACUCUCAUGCGUCACUGCCGUACCCACACUGGUGAGAAGCCGUACAGCUGUGCCGACUGCGGCAAGCGUUUCAACCGCAGCUCCAACCUGAACGUUCACCGCCGUAUCCACACUGGAGAGAAGCCCUUCACCUGUGCUGACUGCGGCAAAAGUUUCAACUCCAGCUACAAGCUGAAUAUUCACUGCCGUAUCCACACUGGAGAAAAGCCCUUCACCUGUGCUGACUGCGGCAAGAGUUUCAAACGCAGCUUCCAUCUGAACACUCACUACCGUAUCCACACUGGAGAGAAGCCCUUCUCCUGUGCUGACUGUGGCAAGAGGUUCAUCUGCAGAACCACUCUCAUGCGUCACUGCCGCACCCAUACUGGUGAGAAGCUGUACAGCUGUGCCGACUGCGGGAAGAGUUUCAAUUGCAGCUCCAACCUGAGCAUUCACCGCCGUAUCCACAGUGGAGAGAAGCCGUACAGCUGCGCCGACUGCGGCAAGAGUUUCUACCGCAGCUCCAACCUGAACAUUCACCGCCGUAUCCACACUGGAGAGAAGCCCUUCACCUGUGCUGACUGUGGCAAGAGUUUCAACUCCAGCUACAAGCUGAAUAUACACCGCCGUAUCCACACUGGAGAGAAGCCCUUCACCUGUGCAGAGUGCGGCAAGAGCUUCACCACAAGCUCCAAAUUGAUCCAGCACCAACUCAUCCACAGUGGUGAGAAGCCAUAUGGCUGUGCUGACUGCGGCAAGAGUUUCCUCACACGCUCCAACCUGGCCGUGCACCACCGCACCCACACUGGUGAGAAGCCCUACACCUGCCAUGACUGCGGCAAGAGAUUCACCCAGAACUCCGCCCUGAAUACUCACCGUCGUAUCCACACUGGAGAGAAGCCCUUCACCUGUGCAGAGUGUGGCAAGAGCUUCACCUUGAGGUCAACAUUUAUCCGUCACCAACUCAUCCACAGCAGUGAGAAGCCGUACAGCUGUGCUGACUGCGGCAAGACCUUCAACCGCAGCUCCGACCUGAACAUUCACCACCGUAUCCACACUGGAGAGAAGCCCUUCACCUGUGCUGACUGUGGCAAGAGCUUCAGCUCCAGGUCUGUUCUCAUCCGUCACCAGCUCAUCCACACUGGAGAGAAGUCCUUCACCUGUGCUGACUGUGGCAAGAGCUUCAGCUUCAGGUCUGCUCUCAUCCAUCACCGCCUCAUCCACACUGGAGAGAAGCCCUUCACCUGUGCUGACUGUGGCAAGAGGUUCAUCCUCAGGUCCACUCUCUUCCGUCACCGCCUCAUCCACACUGGUGAGAAGCCGUACAGCUGUGCCGACUGUGGCAAGAGUUUCAACCGCAGCUGCAACCUGAAUAUUCACCGCCGCAACCACACUGGUAAGAAGCCCUUCACAUGUCCUGACUGUGGCAAGAGGUUCAUCUUCAGAUCCACUCUCAUCCGUCACCGCCUCAUCCACACUUCUGAGAAGCCGUACAGCUGUGCUGACUGCGGCAACAGCUACAAAAGCAGGUCCGCCCUGAAUACUCACCGCCGUAUCCACACUGGAGAGAAGCCCUUCACCUGUGCUGACUGUGGCAAGAGCUACAGCUUCAGUUCUUCUUUCAUCCAUCACCGCCUCGUCCACAGUGGUGAGAUGCCGUACAGCUGCGCCGACUGUGGCAAGACCUUUAACUACAGGUCUGACCUGAACAUUCACUGCUGUAUCCACACUGGAGAGAAGCUGUUCCACUGCGCCGACUGUGGCAAGAGCUUCAAGCACAACUCCACCCUUGCCAUCCACCGCCGUAUCCACACUGGAGAGAAGUUGUUCCCCUGUGCUGACUGUGGCAAGAGCUUCACCACAAGUUCCCAAUUCAUCCAGCACCAACUCAUCCACAGCGGUGAGAAGCCGUACAGCUGCACUGACUGUGGUAAGAGCUUUAAAUACAACUCCACCCUCUCCAUCCACCGCCGUAUCCACACCGGAGAGAAGCUGUUCCCCUGUGCAGAGUGCGGCAAGAGCUUCACCAACAGCUCCACAUUUAUCCGGCACCAACUCAUUCACAGCGUUGAGAAGCCAUACGGCUGUGCCGACUGUGGCAAGAGUUUCAAACACAGCUACAACCUGAAUAUUCACCGCCGCAUCCACACUGGUGAGAAGGCCUUCACCUGUGCUGACUGUGGCAAGAGGUUCAUCUUCCCCUCCAUUCUCAUCCGUCACCAACUUAUCCACAGCAGUGAGAAGCCGUACACCUGUGCUGACUGUGGCAAGAGCUACAAAAGCAGCUCCUCCCUGAAUACUCACCGCCGUAUCCACUCCGGAGAGAAGCUGUUCCCCUGUGCAGAGUGCAGCAGGAGCUUCACCCAGAGAUGCAGACUCAUCGAGCACCAACUCAUCCACAGCAGUGCGAAGCCGUACAGCUGUGCUGAAUGCGGCAAGAGUUUCAACCGCAGCUGCAACCUGAAUAUUCACCAACGCAUCCACACUGGUGAGAAGGCCUUCACCUGUGCUGACUGUGGCAAGAGCUACCAAAGCAGCUCCGCCCUGAAUACUCACCGCCGUAUCCACACUGGAGAGAAGCCCUUCACCUGCGCUGAUUGUGGCAAGAGUUUCAGGUCCAGCUCCAUUCUCAUCCGUCACCACCGCACCCACACUUCUGAGAAGCCCUUCACCUGUGCCGACUGUGGAAAGAGCUACAAAAGCAGCUCCGCCCUGAAUACUCACCGCCGUAUCCACACUGGAGAGAAGCCCUUCACCUGUGCCGACUGUGGCAAGAGCUACAGCUUCAGCUCUUCUUUCAUCCAUCACCGCCUCAUUCACACUGGUGCGACGCCGUACAGCUGCGCCGACUGUGGCAAGACCUUCAACCACAGGUCCAGCCUGAACAUUCACUGCCGUAUCCACACUGGAGCAAGGCUGUUCCCCUGCGCCGACUGUGGCAAGAGCUUCACCACAAGCACCAGCCUGAACAUUCACUGCCGCACCCACACUGGUGAGAAGCCCUACACCUGCCAUGACUGCGGCAAGAGAUUCACCCAGAAGUGUCACCUCACCAAGCACUGCCGUACUCAUGCCACUGACAGGCCCACACUGGGGGACAGGCACAAAUAGUGCCACACACAUUCUGUUGGGGUAGGUGUGACUCCCAAGAGGGGCUUUGCAACAGUCUGAACCAAAAUCUCCUAUUCUUGACUGAAUUUCUCCAAGGCUGAGGGCUCCAGCAGGAACAAAAACCUCCUGCCCUUCUAAACACCAAUUAGUGGUGAUGAGAAUAAUUACAGUGAUGAGUUGGCACUGCCAGAACUGCCACUGGAGCUGGGCUGACUUUGUCAGGGUUUCUGUGUCUCUUCCCCAAUGCUUUGGGUCUCCCUGGGCUAAACAAAAGCCUGUCCAUUGCCCAGUUGAGUCAAUAAGCAACCAAAGUUCCCAAACUCCUGUAUUGUUUGCUUUUGUUUCAGACAAGCCCAAAUGCUGGGGGCAUUUGUUAGUUAAUUAUAAUAAAAUAUUUUAAGUAAUAGGUAAUUCUAAUCAAAUGUUAUAAGCAGGCAGUAAUGAUGAUAGAAUAGGGUAAUUGGUCCUUAAUUAGCAUACAAUAUGGUAAUUAAUAAUUAUAAUGAGACCUAAGUAAUAAUAAAUCCUGAAAGGAAUGAUAUGGGGUGGAGUGGAUAAUACAGGAUAAAUGCUUUGAAGUCGUAAGAGCAGAUAAUGGCAAUAGUGCCAGGAGUGGUCCUGGCAACAAUAAAGGUGAUAGCAGCUGAUCAGAGUGAAAUAGUGGUACUGGUGGUACUGAACAAAUAAGAAGUUAUAGGGGUGGAGGAAUUGUAAUAAAAGCAAUUUGGUGACAUUUUCCUUUGAAGAAGGUGUUUGGAAGUUCAGAGGUCAAUGGUUCUCUUCUCAUUUGAAUGAUUUGGGACUUUUUCUGUGUGCAGACAUUUCAUAAGAGCUCUGUGUAACAUAAACUCGUUCUUGCUUUUCUUCAGAGGUUAAUUCAAUUGUUUGUGGUGGGCUGCAAAUUCUGCCCCCCAACAUUAACUUUGCCAGGCCAGCUCAAUUUGGAAGCAAAUAAAGCUGUAAUUACAAGCAAACCUACAGUCUACAAUGGGAUGCAAGGACUAUGUAC